AUGAAAGCUCUCUAUGGUCAUAACACAGCAGCUAUCAAGAGCAAAUGGUACUCUGCUUUUCAGAGUCCGGAAGGAGCACCGAAUCAACUGGCCACUCAAGAUCCUAAAGUUCAUGCCGGUAUCCGCCGCAGAUUUGCUCCUGCUUUCAAGAUGACUGUUUUGCUGCGACAGGAAGGUGCUAUGCAAAAUUGCUUGGACAAACUCUGGCAAUCGCUCGAGAAGCCUGCUCUUGACGGCACAGUCAUCGAUAUGUGCCAUUAUACAGAAACCGUAACUUGGGACAUCAUAGGCCAGCUUUGCUAUGGAGAGCCCCUUGGCUCAAUCGCUGGUGCCGAGGGGAUGAAUCUUCAAGGUAUUCUGAACAGUCUGUUGACGGCAUCCACGAUUUUUGGGCACGUCUGGGGCCAGCUUUUCUGGCUCGACAAUCCCCUAACACGUCUUCUUGGCGUCAAGAACCCUGUUCAGGAGUCGUUCGAAUGGUCAUCCAUGAAGGUUCGACAGCAUGUGGAGGCUGAUCGAAGUGGCGUCGAACCUGAUAUGGUUGACUACUUUCUCAGCUACAAGGACGCUCAAGGAAAGCCGACAACACAUCUCGAAGUCGUAGAGGGUGCUUUCGCAGUCACCACCAACCCAGCAGUAAUUCAGAAGUUGAGGGAAGAGGUCGAUGCUGUCGAUUCUGACGAGCCGCUCUCGUACAAAGAGACACAAAAACUUCCUUACUUGAAAGCUGUUGUAAGGGAGAGUCUGAGAAUGUAUUCUUCGGUACCAGCCCAGCUGUAUCGAAUUGUUCCUGAUAGCGGCUUGUCAGUCGAUGACCAUCUAAUCCCUUCUGGAACAGUGGUCGGUAUUAGCAGCCUGGCACAAAACAGGGACACUGCGAUAUUUGGUCAAGACGCCACUACUUUCAAUCCGGACCGAUGGCUAGGAGACGAAUCUCAAGCGCGAUAUCUGGAGGCUGCGCUUUUCAACUUUGGUGGCACAGGCCCACGCUCCUGCCCAGGUCGAGAUCUUGCAAUGCUGUACAAGUUCGUUGCCCAGAUGGUCAAGAGAUUUAAUUUCGAGCUGGUAGAUGAGGCACAUCCAUUCUCGGUGAGGACUUACUUCUUCGCCAUGCAGAGCAACAUGCGGAUGAAAGUUGCCCGCCGAGAGCAGCAUGUCAAGUUCCGUGGACAGUCUGCCGAGACUUUGUUGUGA